AUGCAGGUGACAACAAAAGAAGACCUUGUGUUAGCAGAUCGAUUUUCUGAAAGCGACCACAUUUCAAAACUUGAGGAAAAGGUUAAGAACAAAGACAAAAUCAUCCAAAAGUUGCGAUCAGAGGUUGAACAUUUGCAAAUAAGAAACAUUGAGUUGGAGCAACAUGUUAUGAAACUAAUUAACAAUAAGGAUGAAGUAGCAAGUCAAGUAGACAACUUAGCCAGUAAGAAUGAAUAUCUAUGUAAAGAACUUGCUCAUGUUGACAAGUUAGCUGAACAGCUGGAAAAAGAAAAAGAAAUCGUAUUGGAUAGUGCUGACAAGGAACUUGCUGAAGCAGAGUCUCAAAUUAAAUGCCAGCAAAAUACUAUACGGAAACUGGAACAUACAAUCAACAUUCUUAGAUCUGCUGCUUUAAAUUCUGACGAAUCAGAAGAGUACUAUCCUUCAAGGCUUGACAAAUGUAUAAAGACAUUGGAAGAAGACAGAGAUUAUUAUAAAUCUGAAACUGAUAAUUUGAAGAAGAUGCUUCGAAAUACAUCUUCAAGUCCUAAGCGCAGCCCUUCUCAUGCUGUGUCAAAGGCUUCCUCCCCCGUUCAGGGAAGCAGCUCAGAUCCAGAAUUUCUAAAUGUCUUGAGAGAACGUGAAGAACUGAAGUGUAUGCUGGAAAAAUAUGAACGUCAUAUGGCAGAAGUUCAGGGCAAUAUCAAGGUUCUAACAAAAGAAAGAGACAAAAUAAUCUGUCUUUAUGAUAAGGCACAGGAAGAAAUAAGUCGACUGAGAAAAGAAUCCAUCAGAAUCUCCAAAGCUUCUAAAUCUCCAGUGACUGUUCAAGCGGUUUUAAGGCGUGUGGAGUCAGAAAGAGAUGCAGCUAUUUCUGAUUUCCGAAGAAUGUCCACAGAACGUGAUAGCUUGAGAGAGAGGUUAAAGAUCGCUCAGGACACUGCACUUAAUGAAAAAGCUCACCUGGAACAGAGAAUUGAAGAACUGGAAUCAAAUGUUCAAAGUCUUGACAGUGAACGAUUAGAACAAAUAUCAAAGAUGUCUUUGAUGAAGGAGACGAUAGAGUCCAUAGAAAUGGAAAUGAAAAUAUUGGCGAGAAGGGCAAUGGAUUCAGAAACUGAGCUAAACAGACAAAAAUCAACCAUUGUUUCACUGAGUGUACGGAAUGAAAAAGCAGAGCAUAGUCUUUCAGAGGCUGAACGACAACUUUCAAAGAAAAAAUAUGAAUUACAACUCACUCAGGAGAAAAUUAUGUGUCUGGAUGAAAACAAUGAAAACCUUUCAAAACAAAAUGCUGUUCAACAAGAAGAAAUUUGUACACUUAAUGAAACAAUAGUAGAACUGGAUACAGUAAAGGAAUCAUUACGGGACCUUCUGGAUGAAAAAUCAGAGAAAAUUGUUACCCUUGAAGAAAGCUUAGACAUAAAAGAAAAGACUGUUUUUGAUCUGAAGAGCAUACUUUCUGAUAUGGAACAUUCAACAAAGCAGUCAGCUGAAGCACUCCGCAUAUGUGAACAGGAUGUUACCAGACUACGCCAUAUGUUGGAUGAUGCUAACGCUGAGCUUAGUCAGACUAGCAGAUGUUGUGAAUCAUUCGUUCAGGAGAAUGAGAGGUUAAAGGAACAACUUGAUGAUGAUAAGCAAGACAAUCAGAUUCUACAUCAAAAACUUGCUGAUUCUCAAAGUGAACUUGAAGAAAUGCAGCUGAAAUUUGACUAUUUACAUGCAGAGUUUACGAAGUUGAAGAACGUACUGAAUUCUAAAGAGAAAGAUAAUCAAGAACUUUUGGAGAACUACCAUAGGGCCAAUGAACAGUUAAAAAAGUGGGAAUCAAAGUUCCAUCAAAUAGAAGCAAAUUGUAAAUCUUCCCGACUAGAACUUCUCAAUGUAGAAUCUGAGAGCCACAGGCUGAAAGAACGAACUCAGUCCCUUGAAACAGAGAUUGCACAACAUUUAGCAACAGAAAAAGCCUACAAGUCACAGAUUUCUACUUUAGGCAGAUCCCUUGUAAAAAUGGAGGAGGAACUGCACAAAGUCCAGCGGGAGAAAGUUUCGUUACUUUCAGAUUUGGCAUCUACACGGGAACUGUGCAUUAAACUGGACACUAACAAAGAGUUAUUAACUCGGCAACUAACCAGCACAACACAGGAAAUAGAGCGCCUACAGAGUGAAUGGGAGUCAUCUCACUCAGAAAUAGAGCUCCUUAGAAAACAACUCACUAAUGAAAGAAUCUCAAUAAAAAACCUGGAAACAUUGCUAGCAUCCAACCGAGAAAAGGAAUUUCAGUGUGAGAUGAUAUACCAGGAAAAAGAAUCUGAGAUUCAGCUUCUUAAAGAGCAGCUUUCUGUGGCUGAAGACAAAAUUGCUAUCCAACGCCGGGAUUUUUCACAACUGAGAAAUACAGUAACUCAGCUGGAAUCUGAGUUAGACAUCACCAAAAGACAGUUGAGCACAGAACGCUUUGAAAGGCAACGUGCAGUCCAAGAACUUCGCCGCCAGAGUCUUACAGCUUCAUACCAUUUAACUUCUACGAUAAGGCCAUCAUCACCUGACCGUCCCCGCCUCCGUUCGCCUGAAAGGACUCUAGACAGAUCUUUAGAAGGAUGA